UUUUUAUUUAUUAAAGUGUGCGACUGCUAGGGUUUUAGAAAACACAAAGGGGUUUUUGCAAUUUGCCCCAAAACUCUUGAUUCUCCAUUCCCCCAAUCUUUUCGCAUUCGCCGCACAUUUCUUUUUACAGAAAUUUAACUCCAAUUGAUAAAGUUAGGAAAUUGCUAAGGUAAGUCAAGAUGGCAUACCAAGGCGGUAACUUGAAAUCGACAUCGAUAAAUGGGGUGAAAAUGUAUACGGUUGCCGGGCAACACCGUUCGUUGGCUACUUGGCUUCCCCCAAAGAAAGCUCGUGCUCUUCGAAAAGAUAAAAAUUACUUGGAACGGGUGGAUUUGAUCCAAGAUUUAAGGUUUGAAACUGCAACAACUAGAAUAAAAGCGACCCCAGAUGGAGAGUUUCUCAUUGCUUCAGGAAUUUACCCUCCACAAGUCAAAGUAUAUGAGCUGAGGGAGUUGUCGUUGAAGUUUGAAAGGCAUCUGAUAUCAGAGAUUAUCAAUUUCCAGGUGUUGAGUGAUGAUUAUUCAAAGCUUGCAUUUCUUUGUGCUGACCGGUCUGUUAAUCUACAUGCGAAAUAUGGAAGUCAUUACAGUCUACGCAUUCCAAGGAUGGGAAGGGAUAUAAUAUACGAUAGCUGGUCAUGUGACUUGAUAUGUGCAGCUUCUUCACCAGAUCUAUACAGAAUAAACUUAGAACAGGGCCGCUUUCUAUCUUCUCUUAACACACAAUCUCCAGCCCUAAAUGUAGUCUCCAGAAGCAAAUAUCAUGGAUUGAUUGCUGGUGGUGGUGAGGAUGGUGUUGUUGAAUGCUUUGAUAUGCGAACAAAAACUUCCGUUGCCAGGCUUGAUGCAGUUACAUCCUUUGAUGAGGAGGUUACUGCUUUAGAGUUUGAUGGUGAUGGAGGCUUUCAUAUGGCUGUUGGAAGUAGUGGUGGGAAGGUUAUGGUAUAUGAUUUGCGAUCAUCAUCUCCUCUUAGAGUAAAAGAUCACAUGUACGGAAGUCCUAUUUUGAACAUCAAAUGGCAUCAAACUCUCAACUCCGAGCGGCCAAAGCUAAUUACUACUGAUAAGCAUAUUGUUCGGAUCUGGGAUCCAGAUACGGGGGAAGGAAUGACCAGUAUUGAACCAACAGCUGGAGCAAUAAAUGAUUUGUGUGUGUUCAAGGAAAGUGGACUGAUGCUAUUGGCCUUGGACACAAGCCAGAUACCAUCUUACUUUUUACCGGCCUUGGGACCUGCUCCCAAGUGGUGCUCAUACAUGGAAAACUUAACUGAAGAGUUGGAAGAGGAAACAGAGACAACUAUCUAUGAUGAUUACAAAUUUUUGACAAAAGAGGAACUUGAGAAGUUAAAUUUGACGAAUUUAAUUGGCACUAAUCUUCUAAGAGCCUACAUGCAUGGUUUUUUUAUUGACUUCCGCCUAUAUAAAAAGGCAAAGGCAGCUGCUAACCCGAUAGUAUAUGAAGAGUAUAUAGAGAAAAGAAAGCGGGAGAAGGAGGAGGAGGAACGUAGCACUCGGAUUACGAUUAAGAGGAAACUGCCUAAGGUUAAUCGGGGUCUUGCAAAACGUAUUUUCGAAGAUGAGGAAUUAGAAGCUACUAAAAAGGAUGCUGAUUCUGUUGAUACUAAGAAACCAUCUAAGAAAAAGAAAGGAUUGACUUCUGAAGUUCUUCAAGAUGAGCGGUUCACGUCACUCUUCAAAGAUGAGGACUUUGAAGUUGAUGAGAACUCACUAGAGUAUCGGGCUUUACAUCCUUUAGCUGCACCGGUGCAGCAGUCUUUGGUAAAGGAACAUUUUGAGCCUUUUAUGGAGGAUGAUGACCAAAUUGAUUCUGAGGCUUCUGAAGAUUAUCAGUCAUCAGAUGGUGAACCUACAAAUGCUAAAAGUAAAGAUGGCAAGAAAACUCGAGCUCCAAAAUUGUAUGAAGUGAAGGAUGAGAGGCAUGCAGAAGCAUUUGGAAAUCGCAGGUCACUUGCCAAAGAGGAUGCUUUACCUCUGGAGGAGAGGGUCAAAGCUCUUGCAAGUAGUAGUAGAAAUUCAAAUGGUUUCAACAAGGUUAAAGCCGGACCAGGAGGAUCACGAGAGAUAUCAUUCAUAUCCAGAAGCAAGCGGAAGUAUGAGGACGAUGAUGAUUCUGAUGAUGACAACCCUCGUGGUAAAAGAAGGGGCAUACAAUCACUAGGGCUGAAGUCUGAUCGAUCAGCGUUCCAGGGCCGGGGAAGGGGUGGUGGCGGCAGAGGCAGGGGAGGCGGCCGUGGCAGAGGGAGAGGAGGCGGUGGUGGACGAGGGAGAGGAGGCGGUGGCGGCAGAGGGGGUGGAAGAGGAAGAGGUCGGAGGUGAAAGCAUUUUUCGUAAGACAUACUAGUGAGCAGUGACCAAAAUGUAAGUUAUAUAGAAGAAAUAUGAGCAAGACACAGGAUAUAGUUUCUUGUUUAGAUAAGUUUUUAAUUUUUUUUUUAAAUGGCAAAAGGGUAUCUUUAAUCCUUAGGGACUGGAUUUUGUUUUGCUUCAUGUUACGUGUGGAAUAUUUGAUUUGACUGCAUAAGAGUUGAAAUGGAAAUUUCUCUCUUUUUUUAUUGUUAA